AUGAUCCCCGUCGCCAUCGUCGGAGGCGGACCCGUCGGCCUCGUGACAUCCCUCUCUCUCUCUCGCAGCAUGGCGUCCCCCACGUCCUCUACGAACGGCACCCCGGCACCUCCAUCCACCCCAAAGCCUCCCUGCGACUAUACCAUCCUGCCGCAGAUCCGCCUCGAGCCGAUUCUCCUCCGCAGAGCGAAGGAGUUAAACCCGGAGGGUAUCUUUCACUCCGCCCAGGUGGUCGGCAUCGAGGAGGGCGCGGACUCGGUGCAGUUGAAGGUCCAUUUCCUCGAACAGCAGCGCUUCGAGACCGUCGAGGCCCGCUUCGUCGCUGCGGACGGCGGCCGCACCGUUGCAGACGCCCUGGGCAUCCAAGUCCAAGGCGACCGCAACGUCGUCGACAUGGUGUCGGCGCAUUUCCGCGCGCCGCUGAGAAGGCAUCACCCGGAUCCGAACAGCCUGAUAACGUGGCCGUACCCUCUACAUCCUGAGACGGAGGAGUGGGUGUUUGCCUGCGCGCGCAUCCCCAACGACCCGCAGAAAUUCGAGGCCGACGACAUGAUCCGGCAGAUCAACCAGACGCUGCAGAUUCCGGGCCUGGACAUCGAGCUGCUCAGUCUCAGCCACUGGUUCGUCAACGCCGUCGUGGCAGAACGCUUCCGCAGUGCAGGAAGGAGGGUCUUCCUCGCGGGGGAUGCCGCCCAUCGCAUCCCGCCCUGGGGCGCUCUGGGGCUGAAUACGGGCUUACAGGACGUGCAGAAUCUGAUCUGGAAAUUGGCCCUGGCCCUGGCGGCGCCUCCGGAGAAGCAGAAGGAAUACGAUGCGCUGCUGGAUACGUACGAGGAGGAGCGCCGACCCAUCGCGCUCCGGGUCGCCGAGUCGAGUCUGCGGAAUCUGCGCAACCACGCGCUGGCGAUGGAUCGUGCGCUGGGCAUCGAUCCGAAUGCGUCUCCGGAAGCGAGUGUCAGAAACGUUGCCGCCUUUCUCGACCAUAAUAACAGCGCGGAAGGCAACAAGCUGCGUGACGCGGUGCAGAAAGCGCAGCGCAUUCUCGACUCGGAGUUCCAUGCCCCUGGAGCGGAGAUCGGAUGGUUCUAUCCCUCUGUUGAUCGAGAGGGCGAGGGGGAGAGGAGUCGGCAUGGCGGGCAGCUCGAUGCAGAGGGGCAGCUGGAUAUUUCUGCCUACCAUCCGUCGAGCAUCCCGGGCCAUCAUAUGCCGCAUUUCUGGCUCCAUAAGAGCAAUGGUACAUGCACUUCGACGCGCGAUCUCCUCCGGCCAGAUAGAUGUGUCCUCUUUACGAAAGCGUCGGACCCUUGGAGAGCAGUGGGCAGCCAUCUCGUCGAGGUGGAAAUCCUCGACGGCGAAGGCGAGAACUGGCGCGAUGUGGAUGGCAGGUGGAGGAGUGUCUGUGGCGUGAGUGACGAUAGUGCCACCCUCGUGCGCCUGGAUGGGAUUGUCGUCUGGAAGAGCGCGCAUCCUGUCCCGAAGAGCGAGUUGGAGAGUCUCGUGAAGCGACUUCUCAAACUGCCGGAUUCACACGAGUCUCGCGCAUGA